AUGAUGCAAAUUCACUCAAAUGACGUUUUAGCUAAUGCUAGAUCUGAGUCAUUGAGUGUUGACGAUGAGGAUAAAGAUGACGUUUUUGAUGUAAUUAUAAAGCUAAGAGAAGAACUACUUGCUUCAGAUAGUGAUAGAUUUAUACAACAUAAACAAACUCUCCUUGAUUUGGCUAAGGCAAAAUUGUUAAUAACGUCAUCAAAAUUCAAUAACUUUGCCAAAUCAUGUUCAAUCGCCAAAGUCGCAAGACCGUUCAAUCGUUCUUGUUUCACAGUUGACCGCUGCACACUUUAUUUGCUUCAGCUUGCUGAAUGUCCUUUCAGCUUCUGCUACAGUUACAGGAAUUGUACAAAAGAUUCGUAA